UUGCGGAUUUUGUACAUCCCAAACUGGCAACCUGCGUGUCGUUCAGGGGGAGGCGCUAGUCCACAGUAGUUUCUGGAAGGAACCUCAUGCUUGCACCAUGGAGAACGUUUCAACAUUGAAAGACCAGGGCAACAAAGCGCUGAGUGCAGGAAAUAUUGAGGAGGCUGUACGUUGCUAUACCGAAGCUUUGGCCCUCGAUCCUUCAAACCAUGUCCUGUUCAGUAACCGCUCAGCUGCCUAUGCCAAGAAAGGCAACUACGAGAAUGCUCUCCAGGAUGCCUGUCAGACCAUCAAGAUCAAGCCUGACUGGGGCAAGGGCUACUCCCGCAAAGCUGCAGCAUUGGAAUUUCUUGGCCGAUUGGAGGACGCCAAAGGAACUUACCAAGAGGGAAUGCGGCAAGAGCCUAGUAAUCAGCAGCUGAAGGAGGGUUUACAGAAUAUUGAGGCCCGGCUUGCAGAGAAAUCAAUGAUGAACCCCUUCGCCAUGCCCAACUUGUAUCAGAAGCUGGAGAAUGAUUCUCGGACCCGUGAGCUGCUGUCAGAUUCCAGCUACAGAGAACUGCUGGAGCAGCUCAGGAACAAACCGUCGGAGCUCGGCACGAAGCUGCAGGAUCCCAGAGUGAUGACUACUCUCUCUGUGCUGCUGGGACUGAACCUCUCUGAGAUGGACGAAGAAGAGGAGCACACUCCCCCUCCUCCCCGCAAACCCAAAGAGACUCAGCCACCUCCUCCUAAAGAGGAAGACCUUCCCGAAAACAAGAGAAAGGCCUUGAAAGAAAAGGAACUUGGGAAUACUGCUUAUAAGAAUAAGGACUUUGACGCAGCGCUGAAACAUUACGACGAAGCAAUCAAACAUGACCCCACCAACAUGACCUACGUAUCUAAUCAAGCGGCUGUGUACUUUGAGAUGGGAGAUUUCGAGAAGUGCCGAGAGCUGUGUGAGAAGGCCAUUGAUGUUGGCAGAGAGAACCGGGAAGACUACAGACAAAUCGCUAAGGCCUUGGCUAGGAUUGGAAACUCGUACUUCAAGCAGGAGAAAUACAAAGAAGCGAUUCAGUAUCUGAACAAGAGUUUGUCGGAGCAUCGUACUCCCGAUGUCUUGAAGAAGUGUCUACAGGCAGAGAAGAUAUUGAAGGAGGAGGAGAAAAUGGCGUACAUCAACCCCGACUUAGCCCUGGAAGAGAAGAGCAGGGGCAACGACUCCUUCCAGAAAGGAGACUACCCCGUAGCCAUGAAACAUUACUCUGAGGCCAUCAAGAGAAACCCCAAGGAUGCCAAACUCUUCAGUAACAGAGCUGCCUGCUAUACAAAGCUGUUGGAGUUUCAACUUGCCCUGAAGGAUUGUGAAGAGUGCAUCCGACUUGAGCCCUCCUUCAUAAAAGGCUACACACGUAAAGCAGCCGCCUUGGAGGCCAUGAAAGACUAUACAAAAGCUAUGGACGUGUACCAGAAGGCUCUGGAGCUGGACUCCUCCUCAAAGGAAGCCACAGAAGGCAUUCAGCGCUGUAUGGUCAGUCAGACCACCACGAGGACCGACACUCCCGAGGAAGUGAAGCAAAGGGCCAUGUCCGAUCCCGAGGUGCAGCAGAUUAUGAGUGACCCAGCCAUGCGCAUGAUCCUUGAGCAAAUGCAGAAGGACCCUCAGGCGCUUAGCGAUCACUUAAAGAAUCCAGUCAUUGCCCAGAAGAUUCAGAAACUCAUUGAUAUCGGACUGAUAGCCAUUCGUUGAUGAGAACCAAGAGACUUCAGGACAUCGGAACAACGUGCAAAUCCCUCCGACUAUUACGCCCUCCUUUCUUGCCUUCAAAUUCAAAAUGAUAUUGUCGUUGGUCUCCCUGAGACUUUGUGUGUAUGUUAUGGUUCUUUUUUUAAAAAUCAGUUUCACAACUUUUUCAUUGUAUUUAAGAAAGCAUCUUGUAUGUCAUCUGGAAAAACUUCAGGACUCCAGAAAACAACUGGCUUCAUGUGUACAGAUGCUGAAACACAUCUUAAAAAUAAACGGCACGAUUCAGUGCAUUGUUUAAAGGGGAAAUCCACCCUGAAGCAGUUCACAUAUUCCUAUUGGUCUAAGGAAAUAUAACUAAAAGAAACGAAGAAGAAUUUCUACUCUCAAAAUAAAGGUUGUAUUGUAGAUCACAAA